CGGAGAUUCGCGUGGAUGGAAUCGAUAAAACCGCGUCGUCGCUUCGCAUGUGAUUUGGCGUGGAGCAAAAUUCAGUUUUAAUAAUAAAUCAAUCGGCAACCUCCUUUUUAAUACGUUCGUUGAUUGAACUUUGAUAACCCCAAAAAUUAUUAACAGUCAAGUCUGAUAUGUCACAAAUUUAAUGACAAUUCGAUACUUCAUUCCCAUCUAUCAAUGGGCUGGAUUUGGAAUUAAUCAGUUCAUUUUCUCCUGACAUGAAUCUCACUAAAUUCUAGUAAUAUUAAACACUUUUGCAUUCAUACAAAAACUUGCAAUAACAUUAUCAUUCGAAUAACACAAUUGGUGUUGUACACGAUGGAGUGCCAGGAUCUCAAGAUAAAUAUAGAUGAACCAAGAUAUGACCAAGAGACGUACAUCGGAAGGGCGAAACAUUUCUUUCUCACCACCAAUCCUUUGAACAUUUUCGUAUCGAAUGAAAAACUAGAGGAAGCAAGAUGUUUAGUGCAAAAAUUCAGAUGCCACGAACCUCUACCUCCUGGUAUAACUGAAGAUAAAUUAUGGAGAGCCAAAACCAUAUACGACUCAGCUUUUCAUCCAGACACUGGCGAAAAAAUGAACUUGAUAGGUCGAAUGUCAGCGCAGGUUCCGAUGAACAUGCUAAUCACCGGAGGAAUGAUCACCUUCUACAAAAGUACUCCUGCCGUUGUCUUUUGGCAGUGGUUCAAUCAGUCUUUCAACGCUUUGGUCAACUAUACCAACAGGAGCGGGGACAUAAAACAAACAGAUAAGCAAUUAUUGAUUUCAUACGUGUGCGCAACUGGUGGAGCUGUAGGAACGGCAUUAGGACUCAACAGUUUAGUAAAGGUAACAGAAACGAUACUUGAACAUACUCAUAACUCUAAAAAUAAUGUUCCACAACAGACUAUAAUGCCCCUGUUUCUUCAAGAACUUAGAUUAGGGACACCAGUAUACGAUGAACAAAAUAAUAAACUAGGAUACUCUAAGGUAGCAGCUCAAAGUGGAAUUGGACAAGUAAUUUUUAGUCGAAUAUGUAUGGCUCUACCAGGAAUGGUUCUCACACCAGUAGUUAUGGAUUAUUUGGAAAAAAGAGGAACUCUUUGUAGAUAUCCUUGGAUGACACUGCCGGCCUCAGUAGGAAUUCUAGGUCUCUGCCUAACAUUUGCUACACCUCUGGCUUGUGCAUUUUUCAAACAAAAAGCUUCAAUUCCAUUCAAACAUUUAGAACCAGAAUUGAGGGAGGAGAUCCAGAAAAAAUAUGAUGUUCUUCCAACCGUCGUUUUCUUCAACAAGGGCUUGUAGAUCUCAAAAUAAUAAUUUUAUUACUUACAUAUACUACUAAGUUUGUCGCUUGCCGGCGGUAGGAGAAACAUAGGAAAAUCGUGAAAUGUCAUUUAGUUGAAUUCCCUGUGAUUCCGGGUCGUAGGAAAAAAAUCAAAACAAGUAUAUUUUAGACACUGCCAUUUAAUGAAUUAUACAACAAAAUGCAGUGGUGAAA